ACAUCUACAACAAACUCUUUUCUAACAAACUACUAUCUCUCCAACAUUCCCUUUGAACCAAAUGGCAACUUCUACAAUCCAGCACUCGGCAUUCGCCGGCCAGGCGGCAUUGAAGCCACAAAACGAGCUUGUCAAGAAGGCCGGCAGCUUCAAUGGAGGCCGCUUCACCAUGCGGCGCACUGUCAAAAGUGCACCACAAAGCAUUUGGUACGGUCCUGACCGCCCAAAGUACUUGGGCCCAUUCUCUGAGCAAACCCCAUCAUACCUAACUGGUGAAUUCCCAGGUGACUAUGGGUGGGACACUGCAGGAUUAUCGGCUGACCCCGAGACAUUCGCCAAGAACCGUGAGCUUGAGGUCAUCCACUCUCGAUGGGCCAUGCUUGGUGCCCUCGGUUGUGUGUUCCCUGAGGUUCUUUCAAAGAACGGUGUCAAAUUCGGAGAAGCAGUCUGGUUCAAGGCAGGUUCCCAGAUUUUCUCAGAAGGUGGGCUUGACUACCUUGGAAACCCGAACUUGGUCCAUGCCCAGAGCAUUUUAGCCAUCUGGGCAUCACAAGUUGUCCUUAUGGGACUCAUUGAAGGCUACAGGGUUGGUGGAGGCCCACUUGGUGAAGGGCUAGACAAGGUUUACCCAGGAGGGUCCUUUGACCCACUUGGAUUGGCUGAUGACCCAGAAGCAUUUGCUGAGUUGAAGGUUAAAGAGCUAAAGAACGGUAGAUUGGCUAUGUUUUCGAUGUUUGGGUUCUUUGUUCAAGCCAUUGUAACAGGAAAGGGCCCGAUUGAAAACCUAUUUGAUCAUCUUAGUGAUCCAGUAGCUAACAACGCAUGGGCUUAUGCUACCAACUUUGUGCCCGGAAAAUGAGUUGACUAGUUGUAAUUUUGGUGAUCGUUAUGCAAUAUCACAAGCAAAAUAUUUCAUUUUUCUAGCUUCA